GCAUGACUCGAAUUCUAGAGGACUCACUCAGCUCAUUGACAUGAGGUCUGCAAAGCGGACAUGGCGUAGCUAGCUGUACUGUGUCUACAGAAGGCAUGGAGAUGGCCCCGGAAGGCAUUUGGCAGCAUUGGUCUUCCCUACUGUAGGAUCCCGUUUGAGCAGCAGGAAUGUGACAGAGGUCCGUGAUUGAAGCGCUUCCUUCCUGUGACAAGGAUUGGGAAUGUGGUGUUGACAUUCGGAAGGACCCGCAACUAGGUGAAGUCCAAAGCUCUUGAGUCUAAGGACAAUUCUGAGCAGAUUGUUUACAGUGAUGGAAGGAGCCGCGGAGCAGGUUUUGACAGAUGAAGUGCACACUGAUUCAGUUCCUGCCUACGACAGUGGCCAUCAAACAACAAGCGCACUGGCUGAAGCCCCUUCAGCUACAAAUGAGAGUAGAAAUGCUGGGGAUCUGCACUGGCUCCUGGCUGCAGUAGGAGCCAUCCUGGCCUGUCUUCUUGGAUUGAGGUUUAAUGCUCCAGGGUUUUUAGCAGGUCUCAUCUCAGGCCUGGCCUUGGUUAUCUUAGGCCAAGUUGCUGCUGUCUGGUUCUUCUGGGAGAAGGUGCGGGCGAAGAGGGAAGGCAGCAUUGAGGAAGUUGGCGAGGAACUUUUGACACCAAAGGAAGAUGGGUCUGCUUCACCAUUGGAGAGGCAGGCCAGUGUUUCAAACGAGGGUUGUGUCUGGAUUGCGGCAAAGCCAUCACCAUCUGAAUGGCUGAAGACCUCCCAGCGUGGCGGCAAGGGGGCUCUUGCGCCCCCUGGCUGGGCCCCCCAGAAGCGUCAGGCGAAGCUGCACUUCAACAUGCUGAUGCUCGGAGGGCCUGACGGCAAAAAGACCAUCAUUAAACUGGACGGGUGCGACGUAAGGGCGGUAUCGGCCAACGGGGCCCCGGAAAGGAAAUGGUCCAAGAAGUUCCCCAUCAGCAUCAAGCACCCAGAGCGGACCCUGUUCUCAAACUCGGGCGAGCUGCUGCUCUACUGUGCGACCGGCUUCGAGAAAGAGUCCUGGUGCAGUUCGCUGCGGUACGCUGCUCGCUUACACGCCCCUGAGAAGCCGUCCACUCAUAAGAUGCGGGACGACUACGCCACGUUCACCGAGCUCGUGCGCCAGAUGGCCGAGGGGGGUGAGGAGUGGCUGGCGUCCGACCCCCACGGAAAGGAAGUUGGGAACACAUCCAGCAUUGGAAAGUGGCGCGCGAAACUGAAGCGGCGAAGCAAGGGGCGUUUUGCAAGCUGGGGGAGUGCCGAAGAGGCCGCUGCCGGGGGGGGUGUUCUAAGCCCUGGGGCGAGGCCAACGAGUCCCCCCCGGAAAGGGGAAAGCGACACAGAGGACAGUCCCAAAAGAGAGGGGCAGGAGAGUGGGCCGAAAUCGGGACCGGCCAGCCGGGUCCGAAGUCUUCUGGGGGGGCGCAAGCUGAACUUUAGGAAGAAGAGGGAUGCCCCCCCAGAUGCGGGAGAACGAAGUCGUGGGUCGAGCAUGGGGGACAGCGUUCUGAGCGAGGAUGAUGUCAGCGAUACGGGGGGCUUACUGAGCGGUGACGAGUUCAGCGGAGGGGAGGACAGCGGAAGGAAGGGAAGCGUCGUUGGGGAUGUGUUGAGCACAGGCGGAGGGGAAGAAGGUGAAGAUGCGAUUGAUGGGAAGGUGCUUGGCGACAACAUUAUCCGCUUCGGGAAGAAGGCGGGCGCUGGGCGACCGGAGGAGCACGCAGGGGGCCACGAUGGGGGCAUGCGCUUCUGCAACGUCAUGUUCUCGCGCUUCUUCUUCGACAUGGCACGGAACACGCAGGUUGCGGAGAUGAUCAAGAACAGGAUCGAGCGCAAGCUGGCGCGCGUUGAGACCCCCACCUUCAUGGGCUCUCUCAAGUGCACCCACUUCGACCUGGGCACGAAACCCCCCCUCGCUCGGGCGAUGCGCGUCCUCCCUUCCAGCCAAACCCUAGCCGGGGUCAGCGUCGAGGUCGACUUCGAAUACCGGGGGAGCGCCAAGCUGACGUUUGAGACGCGGCUCGACAUGCGGGCAUAUGCCAACACGGGGCUGUUUAAGAACCUGAGUGACAAGCCCGGGAGCAUCCCGGAGAAAGCCGAAGAGCUGGUGGAAAGCGCAGAACUAGUUGCGGCGGGGUUAGCGAGCAAGGGUUUAGAAACCGGGGGGGAGGCGCUUGAGGCAUUGGGGGGCGCGGGGAAGGCACCCGGGCGGCGGCUCAAGGGCAAUUUCCACAGCGCGAUGACUGGGGUACUCGCCCGGUUGAAGCCCGUGGUGCAGCACGUGACGGAGCAGGUUUCCAUGGUCCCACUAACCUUGACGGUAACCGUGCUCGGUUUGGAGGGAACCGCGAGGUUGAGGUUGGGGCCCCCGCCAACGGACCGGCUGUGGUUCGGAUUCUCGGAGAUGCCGGAUCUGGAGUUGGAGUCGCGGCCGAGCGUCGGGCAGCUAAAUAUCACGAGGAACCCCCUGGCGGCCUGGAUGGUGGAACGGCUGAGGAACCUGCUGCGCGACUCGCUGGUCUUCCCCCAGAGCGAGGACAUCACCAUCCCGUACAUGAUGACCGACCCCGACGAACUCUACCAAGGGGAUCCCCCUCCCGCCUGGAAACGCUCCGCCUCGGACUUGGCGACACCUGUCGCUGCCUCAUUGGCAAAGCCAGCUUCUCCCGGUGCUUUCAGCGCCCCUGGGGGUACGAAUGGGGCUCCAGGCGGGGUAGUCGGAAACCCCCCGAAAGCGGGAGUGGCUCAGUCUCCGGGAAGCUCGGGCGUUGCUGGCCCCCUCGUCAUGAGCCCAGCGCCUCUGCUGUCACCCGUCCCGUUCGGGGGGUUCCCGAAGUCACCUGCAAAUGCGACGGCUGAAAGUUCGAAUGUCGGGCCUGCCGUUCCGAGCCCAACACGUCCGAAGCCGAGUCCGGCUGCGUCAAGUAGAGUGUUGGCUAACGCAAAGGCAGAGACGGCCGGUCAGUCGCUGACGGAGAAGAGGGAAGGAGACGAGUUUACGAGUCGGACGUCCGCAGCCUCUGGGCAGCCGUCCGUAGCGGCGCCGACCGUUGCUCCGCUGACUCCGUUGGCCGGGACAACGUCUUGGUCAAUCACGCCGCCUGCUCAGCCGCCAGGAAGGGAAGGGUUGACCAGAGAACCGGGACCUUAUGAAGCAAAGGAAACGACGGGUAGAGAGCAUCCGUCUGGAGUAGGUCUGGGCGAGACGGGGUCUGCGCCAACGGAGACGGAAGUCGUUCAGGAGAAAAGAGCAGGGACCGACGGCAUGGAGCGAGGAGGAAUUGCGAAGCAAACGGAGGGGCAGUCGAUGGCGGGUUUAGAGAACCUGCACGGUUUCGUUGGGUUGGAAGGCCGGUCGGAUGAGGCGGGUGUCCAGCCGAACGGUUCUAUCGGUAGCGCCUCGGUUCGAUCGCCGGCGAUCGCGGGUCCGCUUGCGGCAAUCGGCGAAGAGAGCGCUACGUCGGUAAACGGCGGCCUCGAAGCAGGGCGUGAGGCGGCAAGCCCAACUGGGGAAGACGAGCUGGCGCAAUCGGGCAAAGUCGGGGACGCAGGCAAUGUGCGCGAAGGAGAGAAGAACAGUACCUCGGAUGGGGGUGCUGCAGGCAGUGGGACGGGCCCCCCUGCACGGGAUCCGUUCCCUCCGGUAGUGGAAGAGCCGACGAGCCGAGCCGUGGGGCAUUCGCCCCCGACAGACCCCUCGGACCCUUGGGACCUGGUCGCCCGACCGGCAGCCCCGUUCCCUAAGCCAGCAGUACCGCACGCCUUUAGAAACGGGCCCCCGGAGCAGCCGCGGAGCUCGUCCCUGGUCGGUGGCGCCUUGUCCCCGACCCAUAAGGCUCGGACGGAACUGAGUCUAGUUCCGGUUCCCCCGAAAAGCAGAGCAGACGGAGGCCUGGACGAACGGGAAGGUCCGUUUGGCAGCGAGCGGAGCGCAGGUAGUGUUGACAGCGGUGCUGACGUGGCAGACGGAGCAAUGGGGAAUCGGAAGGCGUUGGUGCUGGACUACGGGAAGAAGAUCGGGGCGUCGUUCCGGGAGAGGGGCCGAAAGUACCUGGAAAAAGGGCGGCUUGGGUCGUUGUUGAACCGGGCGGAUGGGGGCGGAGUUGACGGCCAACCGCAGCAACGUAGCUAGAAUAGUAGAGAAACCCGUGUGCCUUUUCCUAAAGAAUUGAAAUUGUUUUCCAGGGGUUCUUAUUUUUCAACAGCAGGUCUAGAGAAGUAGCAAACGAGCCCAUUGGGUUGCGGCCAUGCUACGAAGGAUUUGCCCAUACGCAACGAACCUACCGUCUGAGCUGCUGGAACAUGAGCCCGAGGCUUUUCUGGUCCGAUGCCCCGUCCAUGCCGGAUGGCUGCCAUUGUCGCAAAGCAAUCCUUGUUUCGUCAC